GGAAAAAUGACAUUUCUGCAAAUUCAGGAAAACUAAAGGGCAAAAAAACAGGACGAUAGUUCGCAGUGCUUGACCGCUCUCGGAAGACCUAGAAAAGCAACUCCCUCGCGUCAAAUGCCUUUUCGCUUCCACCUAUAUUAUUUCUACUUUAUUUUGUACAGCAGGAGGCCAUUGCCGGGUGGUGUAGGUUCUUUAUUGCCUGUGGCGGCCCUUCGCAUGGCAGUGGAUUUAGCGGCAGAAGGUUGGUAGGGUGCGGCUGCCGAAUUCGAUUGAAGGAUGUUCUUCAGCGGGGACCCGACCUCGCGCAGGAGAGUGAACUUGGGGGGACGUAGCUCCAGGGAGAGUGACCGGCAGGUGGUUCUUGAUCAGGCGCGAGCUGAGCGGAAGCGGCGGCUAGCCCUUCGGCAGGAGACCUCUGCCGCCAUCAAGAUCCAGAAAUUCUUCAGAGGUUGGAGGGCUGUUGAAUUGGAACGAUCAAGGAUACGUGAGCAGUUCUGCCAUACAUUCGGUGAUCGCUGUCAAAAAGCAGAUCGGAGCUGCUUUGGUGCUGAGUCAGAGUUUCUGCCUCAGCUACUCCUUUUCUUCUCAGUAAAGAACAGUGGUGAUGUAGCUAUCCUGACAGCGGCUUGCCGAUUAAUACUUCAGUUUGUUCAUAACGAUGGUUGCCCAGGGGAUCUUGUGAGUAUCUUUUCCGGAAAUGAUUAUUCCACUACGCGUUCUGUUGUGGAGACGAGGGUCAAAAAGCUUGUGCUUGUCUGCAUGAAGACAAUCCACCAUAACAGGGAAGUCUUGAAGAAUCAACUUCUGAUGCCAUCUGGUAUGCCUACAACUAUUUUAUUGGAUACAGUGGCCAUCUUAAUAAACUCUGAUCUUCCAUGGGCCUGCAAGGUUACUGCUCAUCUUUUGCAGCAAAAGAUCUUCCUCUUAUUGCGUGGCAUCAUUCUCAGCAGCAUGAAUAACAUGAAAGAGCCAGAAAAUCGUUCGCGGAUGUCUUCCUUGGAGAAUGUUCUUGCUCUAAUUACUUUUCAUGCUUGUGGGCAUCCAAAUUGUUGUUUAGACACGGAUCCAAAACUGUGCUUCUCGUUGCAAAUCUUGUCAAUCCCUUUUUUGUGGCAUCAUCUUUCAUAUUAUAAGGAGGUUUUCUUGAUGCAAAGACUCACAAAGUUCUAUAUCCAUAGAUUGGCAAGCUGCUUGCCUGGUCAUGCAUCUAUCCUUCCAAAUGGCGUUUCUCUUGAUUUUCCAAGUCAUGCCUGUCUACUUGGUAAUUUAAUAGAAGUUGCUGCGGCUGUUUUUUCUGAUCAAAGCUACAGCCUCACUACAAUCAUGGAUUUUGUACUUGUCUUAAGCUUUUUAUUUGAGGCGCUUCCAAAAUUGAAAUCAUCAGCUGGAGCUGGGUAUUUUGAUGAUGACAUGAGCGUGGAUGAGGGAACUAACGAAUUUUUGGAUACAAAUCUGGAAAGGCAGAUAAAAGAUGCAAUGGAUUCACGUUUUUUUCAACUUUUGGUAAAUGCAUUGUUUAAGGAUACAUCACUUAUUCGUCAUAGAUAUGAAAGUGCUCCAUCUGAUGAAGAGAUUGAAGCCAUUGGUUCUAUUUGUGCUUUCCUGCAUGUGACAUUCAAUACAUUGCCUUCUGAACGUAUCAUGACUGGGCUAGCUUAUGGAACUGAUCUCGUUCUUAUAAUAUGGAGUUUUAUUAAGUAUUGUCAAGAAAAUCAAACAUGGCCACUUUUUACAAAACUUACUGCAUAUAUUCCUGAUGUUGCUCCACGCUGGCUAUUAUCUUUGGCUGUUUUCUGUCCAGUGUAUAAGUAUAUGCUGACAAUCAUGGACAAUGAGGAAUUCUAUGAGCAGGAAAGACCAAUAUCCUUGAGUGAUAUCAGGCUCUUAGUUAUCAUAUUAAAACAGGCUUUAUGGCAACUCCUUUGGGUGGUACCUGCUACUAUGUCUCCUCAGAAACUUGGAACUGAUUUCUUUGCCAAUAAGAAGCUCUCAGUUGAAACAAUAAGAACUAGUGCUCGUGCUAUGAUAUCUGAACUCUUGAACCAGUUGCAAGAUUGGAACAAUAGAAGGUCGUUCACCUCAGCUGGUGAUUUUCAUGCUUUUGAAGCAAGCAGUGAAGCUUUUGUAGCUCAGGCGCUAACUGAAAAUAGCAGAGCAUCCGAGUUACUGAAACAGGCUCCGUUUCUGGUACCAUUUACAAGCAGGGUUAAAAUAUUCAAUGCGCAACUUGCAGCUUCAAAGCAACAAAUUGGUGCUUAUUCUCUACAUAGAAAUCGGUUUCGGAUAAGAAGAAAUAGAAUUUUUGAAGAUGCUUUCAAUCAGUUGAGUGUGCUGUCAACAGAAGAACUCAGAGGCUCGAUUCGUGUUUCCUUUGUCAAUGAAUUUGGGGUAGAGGAGGCUGGAAUUGAUGGUGGUGGUAUUUUUAAGGAUUUCAUGGAGAACAUCACUCAAGCAGCUUUCAAUGUGCAAUAUGGGCUGUUUAAGGAAACUAGUGAUCACCUUUUAUAUCCAAAUCCUGGAUCAGGAGUGAUUCAUGAGCAGCACCUACAAUAUUUUGACUUUCUUGGAAGCCUACUUGGAAAGGCAAUGUAUGAAGGUAUUCUUGUAGACAUACCAUUUGCGACAUUCUUCCUCAGCAAAUUGAAACAAAAGCACAACUAUUUGAAUGACUUGCCUUCACUUGAUCCGGAAUUGUAUCGCCAUCUUCUCUUUCUAAAGCAUUAUCAAGGCGAUGUUUCAGAGUUGGAACUUUAUUUUGUUAUUAUAAAUAACGAAUAUGGGGAACAAAAAGAAGAAGAGUUACUCCUUGGAGGAAAAGAUAUUCACGUUACAAAGGAAAAUGUUAUCACAUACAUUCAUCUCAUAGCUAAUCAUCGGUUAAAUUAUCAGAUUCGGCAUCAAAGUUCACAUUUUUUGCGUGGAUUUCAGCAACUUAUAGAGAAAGAAUGGAUUGAAAUGUUCAGCGAGCAUGAAAUCCAGAUUCUCAUAUCAGGUUCCCUUGAGAACUUUGAUAUGGAUGAUCUACGUUCUCAUGCUCAUUAUUCAGGUGGCUACGAUCAAAAUCAUCCGGUGAUUGAUAUGUUCUGGGAAGUUUUGAAAAGUUUCUCAUUCGUGUAUCAGAAGAAAUUCCUGAA